UUUGACUCGAUUGCGCAGGCCUGACCUUGAUCAAAGCACCCAAAACUCCAUCGUCACCUCUGACCUGGUCCGCGCGUGUCACCUCAAUUGUUCCGAUUCUCCCCCCCAAGUUGCGGGCAUAUCCCCAGCUCGUUCAGUCCUUGCAUAUCAUUUCAUAACCUCAAACAAGUGCUUACGACGACAUCUUCCUCCUUCUCUCAGCUCCUUCAGUCCCAUAUACUCCUCGCACAACUCCUCUUGCUCGAAUACUAGUACCUCCCAGACACACUUCGAAUCCUUACCUCGUCGAUCCUCUUCUCUCCCACGCGACUGUGACCUUGACCGACAUUCACUUUCGCUGUUCGCUGGACGAAGACGCCAUACAAACCUUGAAGACCCCUGAUACGCUCUUUCUCGAAUCCUAAGAAACAAAAGUCACCAAACAACAUGUCUCAGCCUCGAACACCCACCCUCAUCACUUUCCUCUUGGCCGUCCUACCCUCUACAACAUUCGCCCUGCCCAUAUCUCACCUUCUUAAACGCGAACUGUCGACUGGCGCAAAAGCUGGUCUCGGCAUCGGUAUCGCCGUUGCAGCACUCUUUGCCGUUCUGCUCAUAGUCUUUGUCGCCAUUCACAUUCGCCGUUCUCGACACCUGGCACAGCUCAACAAGGAACGUGCCAUCCUCGCUGGCGAGAAGAACCAAGACGGAUCCGACAAGCCAGACAAGUUUGCACCCGAGCCCGUUCAAUCAUCCAUCCCUCGACGAAACAAGUCUGUCAAAGACCGUCUGAUGGGACCCUUGUAUCGAGGCAGCACGAUUGAUCUCGAGCCAGUCCCCAAGGCUGCUACACGGGGAGGAAACCGGACCAGCACGUUCAGCACAUUCUCGUUGGAAGGCCUACCAAGACCCUGGACGCGAGGUGAAAACUCGCCCAGGCCCAGUUUCAGCAGCAAGCGUGCCACAAGAAUGAUGAUGAUGAUGUAAACACGACGUCGAGUCGUGUUUGUUCUGCGUCAUUAUUGGCUCGCCUGUGUGCCGUGUUUGAUUUUAUACAGUCGACAGUGAAUACGGAAAAGCAUUUGCUGUGCGAGUUAUACCCACUGAUUUGGCUUUUUGUGUUUUGAUGUUGCAUCCGGCGCUGUUAGGAGCUUAGGAGUAAUGCUUAGGGGGAAGGUCUCGGACUGUUAA